ACACUUCAUGUUUCGUGGCCGUGUGCACGCCAUUUUAGAAGAGGAGGUUUGGAGUUUGGAGUUGGUUCGAUUUCCCGGAUUAUAUUUAUUAUAUUUCAGCGUCGUGCAUUUACUCGAGUGAAGCAACGCGUCAAGCAUGGGUGAGGACUUUAACGGAGAUCGUGAUAGACAAGAUCGGGACAAGGACAGAGAUCGGGAUAGGGAUCGCGAUAGGCGGCAUCGUUCACGCAGUCGAGAUCGUAGAAAGCGCUCCCGUUCCCGCUCUAAAGAUCGCAGAGAUCGAAAACGGAGUAAUUCGCCGAAGAAGAGUCGCAGCUCCAGGAGAAGAAAACCAUCAUUGUACUGGGAUGUGCCACCGCCAGGUUUUGAACACAUCACUCCUUUGCAGUAUAAAGCUAUGCAAGCCGCUGGUCAAAUACCUGCGAAUAUUGUAGCAGAUACACCACAGGCAGCUGUACCUGUAGUCGGCAGCACUAUAACUCGCCAAGCAAGAAGACUUUAUGUAGGGAACAUUCCAUUUGGCGUUACUGAGGAAGAAAUGAUGGAAUUCUUCAAUCAGCAGAUGCAUCUUUCUGGACUUGCACAGGCUGCUGGAAAUCCAGUAUUGGCGUGUCAAAUUAAUUUAGACAAAAAUUUCGCAUUUUUGGAGUUCCGAUCGAUAGACGAAACUACGCAGGCUAUGGCUUUUGAUGGCAUAAAUUUCAAAGGGCAGAGCUUGAAGAUAAGAAGGCCACAUGAUUAUCAACCAAUGCCGGGAAUGACUGAUAAUCCAAGCAUGAACGUGCCAGGUACGGUUCCUGAUUCGCCGCACAAGAUCUUCAUUGGUGGUUUACCAAAUUAUUUAAACGAGGAACAGGUGAAAGAACUCUUGAUGAGCUUUGGACAACUGAGGGCAUUCAAUCUAGUAAAGGAUUCGGCAACUGGUCUCUCCAAAGGAUAUGCAUUCUGCGAAUACGUAGACGUCUCGAUGACCGAUCAGGCAAUUGCUGGAUUGAAUGGGAUGCAGUUGGGCGAUAAAAAAUUAAUUGUGCAGCGCGCCAGUGUGGGCGCUAAGAAUCCUAUGAUAGGCGCGCAAGCUCCAGUACAAAUCCAAGUGCCUGGUUUGUCGAUGGUUGGCACGAGUGGACCUGCGACUGAAGUACUUUGUUUGCUCAAUAUGGUCACGCCGGAGGAAUUAAUGGAGGAGGAAGAAUACGAGGAUAUUCUCGAAGACAUUAAAGAGGAGUGCAACAAAUACGGAGUGGUGCGAUCAGUGGAGAUUCCUAGGCCGAUCGAGGGUGUAGACGUUCCUGGAUGCGGCAAGGUGUUCGUAGAAUUCAAUAGCGUGAUCGAUUGCCAAAAGGCGCAACAGACUCUCACAGGUCGAAAGUUUAAUAAUCGCGUCGUAGUUACGUCGUAUUUCGAUCCCGAUAAAUAUCACCGUAGAGAAUUCUAAGCUAUAGAUUUCUCUUUUCAUACCAUUUAAUAAUAUAUAUAUAUAAUACAUUGUAUAUGUGAAUUUGAAUAAUCUAAGCGUACUCAAAAAAAAUUACACAUUUACCAACGAGUAAUCGACGAUAACGAUAAGAAAUUGCCGCAUUUAGCGACAAAUAAUUAGAAUUGUAAGUAUAUCGCAACACCGACAAAAACGUGUUUUCUUCGCGCUUUAAAAACACGAUGUGAACAUAUGUAAUAAUAACAUACAUUUGAUCGUUAAUAUAAGAUGAACAAUAAUAAAAACCGAUAAUUUGAU